AUGUUCGCCUUUUUGCUGCUGAUAAGUGUUCUUUUGACAUACUUCAUAAUCCGUAAUCAUAUCAGGAGAAGUCGAGCAUUUGCCAAAGAUCUGCCGGAAGUUGCCCCCGAAAAGUCAUUUCUUGGCAUUAACUAUACGCUGCUUAAUCUGGACCAUGAGGAACGAUUCGAGCUGGUGAACAAGCUUUUCCUGCAACAUGAUCACCUGUUCCGGAUGACGUUGGGCUCUAUGCUGGUGCUGGGCGUCAGUCAUCCGGAUCUGGUGCAAAAGGUUCUGUCCGAUCCAGAUUGUUUGGAGAAACCGUACUUCUACAAGUUUAUCAAGUUCGAUCAAGGGAUCCUGCAUGCAAAAUUGAAGUUAUGGAAAAGCCAACGAAAGGCGUUGAAUCCAACGUUUAACCUUCGGAUCCUGCAUGGCUUUUUACCCAUUUUUGAGAAAUGUAGUCUUAAGCUGGUGGAUGAAUUGGGCAAGUGCAAGGACGGCGAGACAGUCAACAUGUUCAAGUACACGUCGCGAUGUACACUGGAGAUGGUUUGCGGUACGACGUUAGGUAGUGACGUGCUGGAGAGGGACGGAAAGGACACGUUUCUGGAAUCGCUGGAAGAAUUACUGGAGUGCAUAACGAGACGCAUGUUGCACAUUCAUCUGUACUCGGAUCUGGUCUACAUGCUCACUCCGUAUUAUUGGAGAGAACGAAACGCUCGUAAGCAGAGUAAGUUAUUCACCAACAAAAUCCUCCAGGAAAAGAAGGAAGCCAAACGCCUAUCAGUCCCUGCUCCACCGUUGGAUUCUGACCCCGAGGAAGAUGAUUUCAAAAAACCUCAAAUCUUUAUCGAUCAACUUCUCACUACAUCCCACAGCAGCCGACCGUUCACCGAUGAGGAAAUUUUCCAUAACGCUUUUGUGAUCAUGGCUGCGGGCAACGACACUAGCGGAUUGGCAACGGCCUACGCCUGCCUCUUCUUGGCCAUGUAUCCACACCUGCAGGAGAAGGUCUACACCGAAAUCAUGGAACACUGUCCAACCGAGGACGUGGCAAUCAACGGCGAAUCGCUCAAACGGCUCGAGUACACGGAAAUGUUCCUGAAGGAGGUGUUGAGGCACUGCCCGGUGGCGUCCAACAUUGCACGGAAGUGCAUCAAGGACAUCGUAGUGGAUGAAGUUCGCAUUCCGGCAGAAAAUCUAUUUAUCUUCUCUUUUUGGGCCAUGCACCGAAGGAAGGAUAUGUGGGGACCGGAUGCGGAAAUGUUUGAUCCGGAUAACUUCCUUCCGGAACGGUGUCGGAACCGGAAUCCAAAUGCAUACAUGCCGUUCAGUGCAGGCGCAAGAAAUUGUAUUGGUGAACGAUAUGCAAAGAUCAGCAUCAAAGUGAUGGUCGUUUACAUCUUGCGACGAUUCAAGCUGCACACGAAACUAAAACACGAAGAGAUGAGAUACAAGUUAGGAAUCACGUUGAGGCUGUCGACGGAUCAUUCGGUUCAACUUGAGAGGCGAAUUAUAGCUUAG